GAGAUACAAAAAGAAGCCUUUCAUAUGAAGAUGUGUUAACAACGAAGGGGUAGGUGCAACUGAAUUUGAUCCAAUGAGUACCUAUAGCUUGCGAUGCCGUUCAACUCCUCCCCCCGGCCCCGUAGUGCGUUACAUGCAGACCAACAUGUGCACCAAUAGCCUCUCUCCAAAUAGGUAGAACUGGGUUUAAAUACCAGUCGUCUAAGGGCUUGAUAUCAACAGUUGAACUGCAGAACUGUAGUUGAACUUAUCUCGAUUGAUAGCUGCUCGUUUUGUAAGUCUUUCCUUAAAGGUGGAAAAUGCAAAUGAAAGCGGCGACAAUUCUGACUGUCCUUUGGUCCUUCUGCUGGAUGAUCCAAGGCAUCGCAGGCAACCCCGUUCGACCGUCAGAAAUGAGACAAUCGGCGGGAUACGGACCCCCACUGACUGCAGCUGAACUCAAUUGCAUCCCAACGUUCAGUAAAUCGGAAACCCACCACAAUUAUUCAGAAGGAAAUGAUAUCAUACCGUUUCCGUUUGCUGGUAAAAAUGCCUUUUUGGGUAACAAAUGGCCCAAUCCUUCACAAAUCCCCUAUGAAAUCGACUCCACAUUUGAUGCGAAAGGUCGGUGUGCGAUUGGCAAUGCCAUGAACGCAUAUCACAAGAACACUUGCAUCCGAUUUGUACCGCGAACGAAUGAAGUCGACUACGUUCAGAUCAAAAGAUUGGACAUUACCGGUUUUAGUUGUAAUUCUAUGGGACUCGGUUACUUGAAAAACCUUGGAGCCCACCAGGUCAACUUGUCUCCGGCCUGUUACGCCUCGCAAACGGGCACCACGAUGCACGAGCUUAUGCAUCGCGUCGGCUUUCACCACGAACACACUCGCCCUGAUCGUGACAAUUAUGUUGACGUUAUUUGGGCAAACAUUGCUCCGGAAUGGCAGUCACAGUAUUCUAUUGCAACUGAUUCAGACCUGAUUCUGAGUUACGACUACGGUUCCGUGAUGCACUACCCAUUGGGAACUGCAAUGACAGCCCAAAAAAAUGUUAAACGUGCCAAAAUAGGACAGCGAUACGGUUUUAGUAAGCUGGACAUAAUGAAACUCAACCGGAUGUACUGCAAGCUCUAAACAGCGUCUCGUUUUUCGCUUCUUGCCGGCUGCAACGAUACAAGAAUCUCGAUUAAAGACGUCAUCAUUCCCUAAUUAUCUAUUUGUUGUGCAUGUUAUGUUAAACGUCACAUACAAAUCUUCAUGGCAUUCCUAAUUUUACCAUGUUUUUUGGUGCAGGGUUUUUUCGCUUUUUUCUUGAAUCUUUCUUUCCUUUUACGCACAAAUUCUAAAUGUAUCUGUAAUACAUGAACGAAGUGAUUGGCUGCACUUGA